GGGAAUUUAGUUAUUACACACGCGCACUGCACAGAGUCGUUCCAGCUAGAAGUAGUAAAUACUUUACCGUAAGUACUGCUGUUUGGUUGGCUAGCGCAAUUGAAUUGUUGUCUAUGAUGAGCACAUUUACAUUAUUUUAUGCAAUAUUGAAACCUGGAGUUCUGUGAUUGAGAAAAUAGACAUUGGACAUGCUUCUACCAUUUUGCACCUUAGGUAUCCUCGUGUCGAUAAUAUUGAUCGCCAUCAUAGUUUUUAACGCAUUGACCUCAAUCAUUACGGUACAAUUCUAUGGUGACGUUCUUUCUGAUUUCGUAGCCACAAUGAAAUAUCAUAAUACGCCACUUGUUCUGUUUAUAAAUGUAAUAUUUGUAGGAUUAAUAGGCCGUCCUUCAGUGUACACUACUGACAGUGUAGUCAGUAGUAUAUAUUGUAACCUAAAUACCUAGCUAGCUACAGUGAGCUAGAACACAAUAAGUAGCUAGCUAGAUUCAUCAGCCGACUGCUAGACAUAGCUACCGCUAACGUUACUGGUUAGUUAGCUAGCUAGUUAAGUUACAGUGAUACCGCCACGUCUUCUUAACCUCCCACUGGGCUACUGAGUGACCAUUUACAAUGGCUGCUGCUAGAAAACGAACGCGAUCAGGCAUCGAAGAUGUGAGAGACAGAAAAGCAAAGGUUAUUAAAGACAGCGGUGAGAAGAGACACAUCGCAGCCCUGAUCCUGGCGAGGGGAGGCAGUAAGGGGAUCCCCCUGAAGAAUAUCAAAAUGCUAGCCGGUGUCCCACUCAUCGGAUGGGUUCUGAGAGCUGCAGUGGACUCCAAACAGUUUGACAGUGUGUGGGUAUCAACUGACCAUGAUGACAUUGAGAAGGUAGCCACGGCAUGGGGAGCUCAGGUUCACCGCAGGAGCCCAGAGGUGUCCAAAGACUCCUCCAGCUCUCUUGACACCAUCCAGGAAUUCGCCCGAUUAAACCCAGAGGUGGAUGUGAUCUGUCACAUCCAGGCCACGUCUCCCUGCCUGCACCCCUUCCACCUGAAGGAGGCCCUGGAGAUGAUCACCAAGCAGGGCUUCACGUCCGUCUUCUCCGUGGUCCGACGACACCACUUCCGCUGGCAGGAGGUGAAGAAAGGAGGUAGUGUAGCCACCCAGCCUCUCAACCUGGAUCCAUCCAACAGGCCCCGGAGACAGGACUGGGAUGGAGAGCUGUGUGAGAACGGAUCUUUCUAUUUUUCCACCAGAGCCCUUAUAGAGGAAGGUGUUUUGCAGGGGGGGAAGUGGGCUUACUAUGAGAUGCUGCCAGAGUACAGUGUGGAUAUUGAUGUGGAUAUCGACUGGCCCGUGGCAGAACAGAGAGUACUGAGGUUUGGUUACUUUGGCCUGGACAAGCCUGAGGUGGUGCGUCUGCUGCUGUGUAACGUCUCCGGCUGUCUGACUGACGGCCGCGUCCUCAUCUCUGUCUCUGGAGAGGAGAUGGUCUCAGUCAACACCAGAGAUACUAUGGGUAUCCGCAUGCUGCAGAGAGAGGGGGUGGAGGUGAUCUUGAUCUCGUCCGGUGAGGACCCUGUGACCAAGGCCCUGGCUGACAAUCUAUCCCAGAGGACAGGCUGCGAGGUCAGGCAGCUGGGCAAAGACAUCCAGGGUGAGGUCAAAGCCAUGAUGGAUGACAAGGAUCUGGACUGGAAGGAGGUCGCCUAUAUGGGUAAUGAUGCACCAGAUGUUGACUGUCUGAACCUGGCUGGGCUGAGUGCAGUACCCCGGGACGCCCCAGUGGUGGCGAUCAACGCUGCUAAAUACUCCUGCCACAGUGCUGCAGGCCUGGGGGCUGUGAGGGAGUUUUCUGAACACAUCCUGCUGCUCAAGAAGAAGGCCAAGUCUCAGAUGGAACAGGACCGCAUCCACAGAAAUACAUUCUAAACUCUAGAAUGUGUUCUAAAGUCACAGAAAUACAUUCUAAACUCUAGAAUGUGUUCUAAAGUCACAGAAAUACAUUCUAAACUCUAGAAUGUGUUCUAAAGUCACAGAAAUACAUUCUAAACUCUAGAAUGUGUUCUAAAGUCACAUAAAUACAUUCUAAACUCUAGAAUGUGUUCUAAAGUCACA